UUAGAGCAGGCGCAGGCCGACCUGGAGGGAGAGACGGAGGAAAAGUUAGUCAAGAUGGCAAAACCCUCAGACCCAGAGUAAAGGGGCACCGCUCCCCCCAAAAGAUUGCGCCUGUCGCCCCUCUUCAGACAAAGCCAACGGUGCAAACUGCGCAAUAAGGCCCUCAAGGGGUUCAUUGAAGAUGGUGCCUGUGGUGCAGGAUCUAAUGUGACAUAUUGCGAAGUGGAAAGUUAACUCAUCAAAUAUCAAUUCCUCUGUCGGUGAGUAAUUAUCUGAGGGCAAAUUAUAUCACCCAGCCAGCAGCGAUAGAAGCACUUGCAUCCUCUCACUGGAAGACAGAUCUCCUCCAGAAGGAAUACUUUGUGGAUCAACACGUGUUGGCACUGACAAGACCACCGUCUUGCUGCUGCCAGAGCUAAGAAUGGCCUUGCACAGCUUCACCUAACUCCAUUAUAGAUCUCAAGAAACUUACUCGGUUUUAUCCAGAACGUCAGUGGAAAGUUUAGGGAAGAUAUAUCUGGGAGUCCCUUCUCCCCCUGCAGCCCCUCCCAAACCAAAAAAAAGCUGCUUUGGGAACCCCGGCAGCACCGCUGUUACCUCACCCCUACUGCCGCCCCUCUCCCAGACCAUGAUGUUUCGCGAUCAGGUGGGCAUACUAGCCAGCUGGUUCAAAGGGUGGAAUGAGUGUGAGCAGACAGUGGCUCUGCUGUCUUUGCUGAAGAGGGUGAGCCGGACCCAGGCUCGUUUCCUGCAGCUCUGUCUGGAGCACUCCCUCGCAGACUGCACGGAGCUCCAGGUUCUGGAGGCAGAUGCCAACAAUUCAGAGGUUAUCAGCCAGUGGCAAAGCGAGCCAAAAGAACGUGUCAUCUCUCUUGUCCUCACCCAUUUGCCAUUGCUCAAACCGGGCAAUAUAGAAGCCAAGGGCGAGUACAUGCGCCUACUACCACGCAUCCUUGCGCACACUAUCGAACAUGGCCGCCACCUGGAAGAGUCUCGCCAACUCUUAUCCUAUGCCCUCAUCCACCCUGCCACCUCCCUGGAGGACCGUGCUGCAUUGGCCCUCUGGCUCAACCAUCUUGAAGAAAGGGCCGCUGCCACGGGAGACUCACUCGAAAGGCCAUCGCCUGCCGGCCCGCACCACCAUCAGUCCACUCCACCGUCUACCCUUACAUCAUCGGGAUCCUCCACCAACAGUUCCUCUUCAGGUAACCUAUAUGCUUUGCAUCACCACCAGCGAUACGGCUCGGACGAUCGCCUCAAUGGAUGGCAAAGCAACAGGGAUUCAGGGCUCGGAAGAGGCUGGCAGCAGCAGGGCUGUGAGAACGGACACCUGCCUCUCUACCCGUCAUCCUCUGUACCAGCAACCAUCAACACAAUCGGAACUGGUGGCAGUGGUAAUGCCAUCCUAACGAGUGGAAGUGGCAACCAGCCACACAGUCCUCUGAAGCGCUCAGUGUCUCUAACUCCACCAAUGAGUGGCCCAAACAACCAUCCUAUGGGUCCUGUCUGGCUGUCCCAGGAAGAUCUGCGUAGUAGUAGAGGCCCAGCCCCCGAUCACGCGCCCCUCUCCCCUCAAAGCAGCAUUGCUUCCUCAGGCAGCGGAGGAAGUGAACAUCUGGAAGAGGCCAGUUUGGGAGGAGGUUUAAGUCUACAUCGCAGUUGCUUCCAUGAGGAGGGCAGUGGCAUGAGGGAUGUUCCUGCAUGGCUGAAGAGUCUCCGUCUUCAUAAGUAUGCAGCGCUGUUUUCUACCAUGACCUAUGAUGAAAUGAUGUCACUGACUGAAGAACAACUGGAGGCACAGAAAGUCACCAAAGGAGCAAGACACAAGAUUGUUAUUAGUAUUCAAAAGCUAAAAGAGAGACAAAACCUGCUGCGCAGCCUUGAAAAAGAUGUAUUAGAGGGCAGUAAUCUGCGUGUACCGCUGCAAGAACUUCAUCAGAUGAUCAUGACGCCUAUCAAGGCUUUCAGUAGUGGCGAGGAGACGUCCUUGCAGCGCCCUCUCCUGAAUCCGGAAUCCAAAAGCUCUGCACCUGGAUCACAUCUCGCUGGAGGAGGUGGAGAGGCUGAGGCAAGCUCAAGUGUCAUUGCAGAGGGGGAUCUACCAAGCCAGUUCACUCGUGUCAUGGGCAAAGUUUGCACUCAGCUUCUGGUGUCAAGGUCAGAUGAGGACAACAUCAGCUCCUACCUACAACUCAUUGACAAGUGUCUUAUCCAUGAGUCCUUUGGUGAAACUCAAAAGAAGAGGCUGUUGUCAUGGAAACAGCAGGUCCAGAGGCUGUUCAGAUCCAUUCCGAGAAAAACGCUCCUUGACAUUGCAGGUUACCGAACGCAGAGGAGCAGUCGUGGAUUCGGUCAGUCCAAUUCCCUCCCUACCACAAGCUGUGUUGGGGGCAGUGUUAUGGCACGGAGAAGCCUUCGGCAGUUCCAGAUGCCCUCGAGGAGUUUACCAGGUGCAAGGCUAGGCCUGCUAAGCAGUAGUGGCCUGCUGGGACCCACGCCUCGCAGUAGCAGCAGCACACCCACGGGCCCCAAGCAGGGGAGACAGGGUCUGUGGUUUGCCAAUCCUGGAGGCAGCAACAGUAUGCCGAGUCGAACUCACAGCUCCGUGCAACGGACCCGCUCCCUGCCUGUUCAUACAACUCCGCAAACUAUGGUCAUGUUCCAACAAGCUGAUCUUCAGUUGCCAGUUACGGAGCCGGACAUCAACAAUCGCCUUGAAUCUUUAUGUCUCAGUAUGACAGAGCAUGCAUUGGGAGAUGGUGCUGAUCGCACAUCGACAAUAUGAAAUGAGAACCUGGAUAAGAGCAGCGGAACCGUGCGCUGGGUAGCUUCAGAAGGCCCUCUCACAACAAGUCACCCUGAGGUCAUCUGCCCUCCAGUGCCCUCUCCCGUAGCCAAAGUAGAGCUCAACCAAGGGACUGGGAGGCAUCCGAGAAACACAAGCCAACACAUUGGCUGCGUCGAUGGGGUGGGGGGAGGGACACACUUCCUGCCAUGACCAUCUCAGUCAUGUGGGGAGAGGAAAAUAUCAAACAUGGGCUGAACAGUGUGUGACCAGAGCCCCUUCAGGAGAUCAUGUCAGGAGCAGUGCGCCAUCAGCAGAGCUGGAGAUACUGGGCUGGGGGAUCGGGGUCCAAUGAAGCCCCCCCACACCCUCUUUUACAAUCCCCAUGUGUCAACCAAGAGUGCUAGUGGCAUUUUCCACAUCUGUGUCAGUACCUCGGACCCCCAAAAACGAGACAAGCAGAUGGAUGGCAAGCAUUUGGGAAAGGCCUGUUGCUCAAUUUUGAGCAGCAAAAAAAACAGAUUGUCUAUCACAUGUCUCUAUUGUUUACAUAUCGAUGCUACUUUCAAAGGGUACGCAAACAAAAAAGGAAUCGGGUAUGGAUGUUGGACUAUCCUGUAAAAAGCCUUGGCUGUCUGCCAGCUUUACAUCCCCCACAAGUAGCCGUCACGCUAGUUUACAAGCAACAUGCUCAUUGUUUAUAAAAAUGUGCCAAUUGAGAGAGAGAGAGGGAGAGGAAAAGUAAAAAUAUGAAACUGGGACGUCGGGGAAAGGUGCCGAAGGUUGAAGGAACGGAGCUGGGAAAGUGAGGUGGGAUCCUGAAAGAGAUGCGGAUGUUUGAAGGAGCAAGACAUCAGAGGCGGGACCUUUGGUGUCCUUAAAAUGACAGAGGGAGAUGGAUGUCAUGUCCAAUCACGUCAUCAGUUUGUCCUGCAAGCGGAAGAGGGAGUGAGCACUAUUGUAUAUCUGUAGCUUGUACUGUAUUAACUCUGAAUUCAGAGUGUUUGUGACGGGGAGGCCUUAAAAGAUGCGGGCUUUCAUCGUAUAAGUGGGAGCUCAAUACAAGCUGUAUUACCAGUGGAAUUUUUAUGCAUUUAUAUAUAGAUAUAUUUUUUUUCCUUUUAAGACCUUUGUUAAACAGGGGUGAUUUGAGCUGCAUAUUGCAACAACGUAUAUGUCUUCCUUGGAGGAAAGUGAGGAGAGUAAGGAAAUGGGCAGGCUUCACACUAAUCAGUCCAUGAAGGGUUGCUGCCCAGAGACUGUCUGACUGGAGAUAGUGCCACCUACGGGCCAGAAGAGACGGCACACGUGUUGAGGCUCCCAAGAGGCCAAAGAUCGUUCGUUGAUGGGACAACUAUUAGCGGGGAAUUCUAUCUUUAACUAUAGCGUCCUUUGAAUAUAGGCUGACAAGGAUUUUAUUUUCUUAUUUACUUUUGAAAACCAAGUUAUUGUGUCUGGGAUUCAGACUAUAUUCUGUUCAGUUUUAUAUUGAAAUGUGGUUAGGAAACACUAACAAGGUGAUCUAAUGGCACACCUUUUAUUUUGUUAGUUAUAUAAUAGCACAGUACUGCCUUUGUUCCCUGCACUUGAUCUGAUAACAUGUUACACUAACAUCAAAAUCGACACGACUCAAGCACCACUGCGCUCAUUUCGAGUCUGAACAAAGCGAUCUUACUCCUCAGUCGUCAGUGUUGUCUUUCGAUAGCCUGUCGCAUCCGUUUAGGCGUCGGGUCAUGUCCGUCAACUGUGUGCCAAAUUUGAACACGCAGUUCGAGGACCAAGCCAACUUUUUGCAUGCAUGGGUCACUUCAUAUUUUGUUCUGUUUAUUUACUUCAACUUGAUGUCAUGCCAUUGGACAACAGCGCUUCAAACCUUUGUGGGGUUUUUUGCUGGCGUUCCUUCAUAAUGCGCAUCAUAGCCUCAAAUACUAUGCUGUGAAAAAGUGGAGUGGCUGCAUCUUCACGAUGAGCAUGAACACAUUUAAAGUGCAGCAUAUUUGUCAUCGGGGGCGCAUUGCUUUCCUUCAAGAGACUAAACACUCGGAUGUGGUGCCUUAUUGUGCCUGCUGUGAGGCCACAUGUAUAACAAGUCUGUUGCCGUGGGCAUACGUGCACUAUAGUCAACGUGUGCCAUGAUGUUGCACUUGUUUCAGUGUUUGGGGCUCUUCUGCAUUACGAGCCCUUUGUUUCUUCAACUAGAAGCUUCCAUCAAGGCACCAAUGUGACAUUGUUUAUGUGCAGCUUGAUCCCAGUGUCCUUUGCCUUAUGAAUCAGUACUUGGGGAAGAUACUCGUAUUUAUUCUGUUCUUUUUCUCUUCAUUAUUGUUGCAGAGGUCAUACUUUUACUCAGUUAGGUAUAUUAUUAUUUAAAGUACCAAAUGUAUUAACACGUUAUGGCUGGUAACCAUACAGACAUCUCAGAUAUUAACAGUUUUUUUUAAUUGAUGUUUUUAUGUAGCUUUGUAUUCAUGUUUGCAUCCUUCAGUCAAAUACCAAGAUUUUUUUUUCAUGUGAAGCUUCAGUGUCCAAACAUCACCGUUCAGUCACACACGAGCCAGAGGAGAGGACAAGGAAGGAGCUCAUCCGGAAAGUAUUCACACG